ACACACACACACACACACAAAACCUUCCCUCCAAUGUCCUCCCUCACUAAGCAACCAGCAGCUUUAAAAACCACUUCUCUUCCUUUGCAUAUUGGGUGUGGGCAGUUACUUUCAGAGCUUCUGAACGCUUGCCGAACGUAGUGCAAAAGACCAGAAACAGUUUCUGGGAGCCAAGGCAGAUGAAAGGGGACAGAAACCCGAUUUAUUGAAGUCAAGCUGCAUAAUUUUUCCAGUUGGAUUUUAGCUACCGAAGGAGAUGGAAGGGCUGAAUCCACGUAGUGUCCUGGUGACAGGAUCUAAUCGGGGCAUCGGCCUGGAGCUGGUGAAGCAACUGGUGGGGAAAAGGGACCCACCAGAAUGGAUCUUUGCCACCUGCCGUGACCCAGAGGGACCAGGUGCAAAGAGCUUGAAGAAUCUGGCUGCCCAACACCAGCACCGAAUAGAAAUCAUCCAGCUUGAUACUUCCGAUCCCUCUAGCAUCAAUGCUGCUGCGGUCAAAAUUACUGGAUGUUUACACGGAGCUGGGCUGAAUCUGUUGUUCAACAAUGCUGGAAUAGUAAAGCCAUCCAGUCUGGAAUCAGAGACACCAGAAAACAUGCUAGAAGUGUACAAUACCAAUGUCGUUGGUCCUAUGGUAAUGGGCCAGGUCUUCCUACCUUUGCUGAGGAAGGCAUCCAAGGAAAGUCUUCUGAAAGGAAUGAGCUGCAGCAAAGCUGCAAUUAUUAAUGUAUCCAGUGACUGCGGCUCCAUCACCAACAUUAUGGCCUGGGAUAUUGGACAAAUCCCCAACUAUCGUUGCAGCAAGACUGCUCUAAACAUGCUCAACCGAUGCCAGUCCCUGCAAUACGCCCAAGAUGAGAUCCUGUGUGUUGCAUUGCACCCUGGAUGGUUGCAAACAGAUAUGGGAAAUGAAUGCAAAACAUUGAAAGCCCCAACUACAGUUGAGGAUGGUGUACAAAAUAUUCUUAAAACACUUGCCCGCCUCUCUGAGAAAGAAACUGGCACUUUUGUGAACUGGGAUGGAAAACCUCUUCCUUGGUAAUCCAGCAACUUUCAAUCAGCCUGCCUUUUAAGAAGAAGAUAUGAAGAGCCCUGAUGACU